AUGUCAACCGAGCUCAAGUCAGUAUUGGUCUUCGGGGCCACUGGAGUUAUUGGACAAUAUGUAAUCACUUCGUUGAUAAAAGCAGAGACCUGCUUCGAGCGCUUAGCAAUAUUUACGUCUCCAUCAACUGUGGAUAAGAAAGCAAAACAGGUUGGAGCACUCAAAGAAAAGGGAGUCGAGAUCAUAGUAGGCGAUUUUACCAAUAAGGAAGAUGUUUUGAAGGCUUAUGCAGGCUUCGACGUUGUCGUUAGCUGCGUCGGUCGGAACAUGAUCACGGCUCAGAUUGAUCUAAUCCGAUGGGCAGAGGAGUCCAGCCCCAACAUCAAACGAUUCUUCCCAUCAGAGUACGGGACUGAUAUUGAAUACGGGCCGGAAUCAGCUUUUGAGAAGCCGCACCAGGCAAAAUUGGAAGUAAGGAAUUACAUCAAAAGUUCAAUUCGUCGUGUGGAAUAUACGUAUCUUGUCACUGGGCCAUAUGCGGAUCUCUACAUUGCAAAACUCAGUCAGAAUCCUCAUUUGGGAUCGUUUGAUCAUGAAGAAAAGAAGGCCACACUCUUGGGAUCCGGUAAUGAUCCAAUUAGUUUGACAACCAUGAAUGAUGUCGGAAAGCUUCUCGUUGCUGCGCUUCGGAAUCAAACUGCAUCUCGCAAUCGAGCCCUAAGGGUGAAUUCGUUCACCACAACCCCAAACCAGAUAUUGGCAGAGUACGAAAGGCAAACUGGCACAAAGUGGGAUGUGAACUAUACAUCGCUCGAAGAGUUGAAUACGUUAGAGAAGAAUGCCUGGAAAUCUGGGGAUUCGUUGGCUGCCAUCUAUACUCUGAGAAGAAUCUGGACCGAAGGAGGGACCGUCUACGAGUCCACUGAUAACAAAGAUAUAGAUAUGCAUCCUGUUGACUUGGAUUCACUGGAAGAUGCAGUCAAAAUGGCUGUUUCAUUGCACGGACAAGAAGCGUUUAGGAGUGGAGACUUAUAG